UCCGUUUGUUCUUAUUUCUCAGGAGGAUUAAAAAACUGUCCGAUAUUUAUGGCUACUGGCAAAGUCCGGACAAGUAGUUUCUCAAAGAACUUUUCAGCUGCACCUACCUCUUCUGUCCCUGGUCUCAAGUAUGGACCAAAUGGAACAAUCUUUCUUUCAUCAGGCAUACCGGAUCUUGAUAAGAUUUUAGGUGGGGGAUUCCAUUUAGGAAGUCUGGUAAUGAUCAUGGAAGACACUGAAGCACCUCAUCAUAUGCUUUUGUUAAGCACUUUCAUGUCUCAGGGACUAGUACACAACCAACCUGUUCUUUAUGCAAGCCCAGUCAAAAACCCUAGAGCCUUUCUUGGAACCUUGCCAACUACUUUAGUCCCCAAAGAUGACAAAUCUCGUAACACUGAUGCAGAACAGAAGGAUUUGCGGAUUGCUUGGCAAUAUAAGAAGUACCUUGGGGAAAAUAAGCAACAUAACGAGGAGCGAGAUGGGAAAAUAGAGUAUUGCAAUGAAUUUGACCUAAGGAAGCCUAUAUAGAAGCAUUUGAUAACGGGAAACCG